AUGAGCCGGAGUGGGGUUGGUGGAGGAUUCCGGGCACAGCGCCGGUGCCCUCGGGCAGGUACCUCCGGGGCUGGGGUCCGGAGUGGGACAGUCGGAGGGCCAGGUCUGCAGGCGGAGCGGCUGGCAGCGCGGCCCGCGCCCGAGCCGCAGUCGCGCCCUCUCGCUGCCUGGCGAAGGCGCGGACGGCGCGCGGAGGCGAGCGCGGAGGAGAGGAGCCGCGGGCGCCGCAGCCGCCGUCAGGGCAUGAGGAUGGCCGUGGGCUCCGUCAAGAUGCAGCCGCCGUGCGAGAGCCCGGCCCUGGCCGCGGCGGCGGCGGUGGCGGCGACGGACGGCGCCCUGCGCCGCAGCCCCAGCGCCCACGAGCCCGAUCGUGAGCAAGCCGCGGCGUCGCUGCGGCCGCGGCUGAGGGACCUGCCGGCGCUGCUGCGGAGCGGGCUCACGCUGCGGAGGAAGCGGAGCGCAGCUGGGGGCCGGACCCUAUCCAGAAGAAUUUCCAAUCCAUACCUUGAACAUACUCCUUCCCAGAUUUAUGGAGAGAAUUCUUCUUGUGCAGGAAGAGCGUUGAGGAAUAUGAUUAUCGUUCAGGCAGCCGACCUGGUAAAGGACAGGGUGAACCUCAAGGGAUUUUACAGGAGAAGCUGCGUGGGGUCAGAACUGGUUGACUGGCUUCUAGAACACUGUCCUUUUGUCCAGUGCAGAUCUAUGGCCAUAGGGGUCUGGCAGCUCCUACUGGACAUGGGAAUUAUGUCAUCAGUGGACCAGCAUCUAUACUUUCAAGAUACUUACGUUUUCUACCAGUUUUCAUCUGAUGAAUGUAGCUACUUGUACUGUGAAUUUGAAAGAGAAGAAGAAUGGCAAAAUGGUGUCAAGCUUUUGCUGCAACUUGUGCCUCUCAUUCCUGCUAGAGCUGGCAUCUGUGAACUGUCUCAUCAGAAAAUUGAAGACUCUGAAGAAAGCAGUGAUGAAAUUCUUGCUCGUCUAACGUCUGCGGUGCAGAGAGAGCUAGCAGCUGUUAUUGCAUUGAAAGCAAGGAAGUCUG